GAGAGGGUCCGGAGAAAGGAUAGCAGCAAGGGCGGCGGUGAGAGCAGCAGUAGUUUCUGAGCCGCCGUAGUCUUGCGGACAUCAAAAAAAGCCGAGAGGAAACGGCGAGCUCAGCCACUAAUCUUCUGUGGUAUGGAUUAGCAUCGACUCGGAAGGAUGACCAUUGCUCAGGACCAAGAGCAGCUGGCGUGCUGCCAGGAUGAAGUCAACUCCGGCAACCAGAAGGUCGAUGUGGGAGGUUCAUCGCCGAUAUUUGCCUCCCAGGAUCGUACUGACAAUGCCCUGAUUGAGUCCGAGUUCUCAGCGUCGAUAGAUGUUCAGGAUGGCGUGGGAUGCUGUCAUCCGUCCACCAGACUUCACAGAUAUUUCGUUUUGUUCUUCAUGUGCUUCCUCGCUUUCGGUUCUUACUUCUGCUACGACAAUCCUGGCACAUUGGAGAGCCAAAUCGAAGCCGAUUUGAACAUUUCGGGAACCGCCUUCUCGAAUUUCUAUUCGUGGUACUCGUACCCGAACGUGAUCCUCUCUUUUUUCGGAGGUUUCCUCAUUGACACGGUUUUCGGUAUUCGGAUGGGGACGAUUAUUUUCGCCGGUCUAAUUUGUAUAGGUCAAGUCAUUUUCGCUGGGGGAGCACUCGUGGACAAUUUCUACGUGAUGGUGCUAGGACGAUUCGUUUUCGGUCUCGGAGGAGAAUCUCUGGCGGUUGCUCAAAACACCUAUUCCGUUUUGUGGUUCAAGGGCAAGGAACUUAACACAGUUUUCGGAGUCCAGUUGUCGGUAGCCCGAUUGGGUAGUGUGGCAAACAUGAAUUCGAUGCCAUACCUGUAUGACUACAUCCAAGAGAGCUACAAAGGAUCCUAUGGUCUGGGUAUCGCGCUCAUGAUCGCUGGACUUGUUUGUUUGUUUUCGCUGUUUUGUGCCAUGGUUGUCGCGUACUACGACAGACGGGCUGAACGAAUUCUUGUGCGUGAGAGCUCCGGCUCGGGCGAAGUCAUCCAAUUCAGCGAUAUAAAGCGCUUCCCUAUGCAAUUCUGGCUGCUCUGUAUCAUAUGCGCUUUCUACUAUUCAGCGAUCACCCCGUUCAUCUCUAUCGCAGGGAAAUACUUAAUAUCGCAGUACAACAUGACCGUGACGGAGGCUGAUCGUGUGACGUCGAUUCCAUACACUGUUAGCGCCAUCGUAUCGCCUUUCUGCGGGCUCCUUUGUGAUCUCACGGGUAUGAACCUGCUUUGGACGAUUGUUGCCGGACUUAUCAGUACCGCCUGCCAUCUAGCCUUCAGCUACCUGCCUAUCGGUAUAAUUCCGCCGUCGGUCACCAUGGGUGUUCUCGGUGUCGGAUUCUCGUUGUUUGCCUGCGCGUUCUGGCCGAUGGUCGCUAUGUUGGUGCCCGAGCAUCAAUUGGGCACCGCAUACGGUGCCAUGCAAUCCGUGCAGAACUUAGGACUCGCGGUUGUUAUUCAGUCCGCCGAAAUGUUGCGGGAGGCUUUUCCCACUUCGGAGGAAGGUCUCCAAUGGUCGGAAGUGUAUUUCAUGCUGUGGAUAUCUUUAUCGCUCGUUCUGGGCUUCGUGCUCCAGAUGCACAAUACUGCGAAGAAAGGGGCUCUCAAUCCCCCGCUGUACAGAAAACGGAUAUGUGGACGUGGGGACGAGGUGGACGACCGCGAAGCCUUGCUGAACCAGGAUUAGAGCUCAAGUCUUUCUCGGAGUCAUCCUGUCGUACGACAUCGACCAGUUGUGAUCGAGGAGUAGGUCCGAGCUCCCGCUGCUUCGAGGGCCCAUUUUUGUACAUUUGUCAAUAGAGUUACCCAAACUGCCCCGCGUUAUAGAAUCUGGAAACCCUGUUGGGAGACACGAUCUGACGCUGCCCGAAACGGAGUACUGAGAGAGAUUUCCUGAAUGUCGUAAGACCGCUCGAAACGCGAGUCAUUGCGUCUCUCCUUGAUGAACUCCAUUUUAUGAUCAGCUGAAAAUCAAUCAAUAAAGCUGAAAGGUUUCCGGAUGA